AUGAAGCUUAUUUGUCUUGCGAUUGCUUUGGCUGCCUUCUCUUCUGUAAACUGCACGACUGUCAAAUUGUACACCAGCAAGAACUACAAGAAUAAGUGUGGUGAAGUCUCUGGUGGCUGGGUCUCUGGCCAUGAAUACCAUAACGUACCCGCUGCUUGCGUCAACAAGGUCCAAAGUUUCCAAAUUUCUGUUAGCGCUAUUGAUAGCGGUGUUCGUCUUUGGUCCAAGAAGAAAGCUUCUGGUGAGCCUAAUUGUGGUGGUUCUGAAGCUGGUUAUACUACUGAAGACUGGUCAAGACCUAGUAUUUCUGACACAUGGAACAAGAAAAUCAACUGUAUUGAAUUUAUUGGUUAA